UGUAAAUCACGUCUUCAGACAAUUUGGAUCACGUGACACCGGUGAAAUGCUUCAGUCACGUCAACUCCUGCCGCAAUCAGUCUACCGGACGUUGAACAAGGAGAACACCCACGCGAACCCUGCAAGUGGUCGUCAGUGCCAGCUCGGGUUUGACUGCCAUCAUGUCCAACUCUGUCCCCAUGCGCAUCCUUCGGAAACUUCCACAACUGCCAACACCCGUACUAGUUGCCGCCAAAGUGCUUUUGUGCAUCAUCCCAAUCGCUCAAAUCGCAAUGGGCGCGGUGCACUUGAGCGACUGUCCUCUCCAGGACUACAUUCCUAUUUACCUGAUCGUGGUGGGGAUCUUCCUCAUCCUGCUGGUGCUGUUUAUUGGCCUGCCCUGCGCCCGAGAGCCCAAAGACGGCUCACCGAACUCCCUGUACCGUCUCAGCAUCGGGUGGACCUCUCUUCUGGUGGUGUUCCUCAUCUGCUGGUUUGUUGCCGGUAACGUCUGGAUCUACUCAAUUUACAAGCCAAACUACAUUAAAAACAUCACAGACGCCAGGCACUGCGACAAGGAACUCUAUCUGUUUGCCUUCUGGACCACGACGCUGGUCUACAUCAUGAUAGGUGUCUUUGUGGGCGUCAGCUUCCUCGUGCUGGUGGUCCUCUACAUGUGCGGUCAGGCAGACCCCGACGACUACAUCUAGAAACCCACAGACUGCUAUUAUUUAAACUGUUCUAAAUUUAUAUAUUUUCUAAAGACUGACAGUCUUAAAUCAAGACGUCUCGUACAGCUUCGGAAAACCGUAUGACGUCACUGUUAAAUUAAAUGAUCCACUGUACAGGAAACAAUUCGGAAACUUAUAGACGUUCUAAACAGCAAUUUGACCAGACAAAAACAUCAUGCUUUAUUGAUUGUUUUUUUUAAAACAUAACUUACAUACAAAAUAAAAUAAAAAAAUCAUGAUGUUUGUUUUGCUCUAAUGUUAAGCAACUCGUGUUGCACCGAUACCAUUUUUAGCUAAAUAUACACAUUUAGCUUCCGUAGCCAGGGGUCGGACCGCCAAAUCCCCCUUAUGACCCGGAAUGAAUCAGCAUAUUGCGUUAAUUCCCUUUUAUGACUGUAACCUUGUUAUCUUCGCCACUUUGGUGUCCUUGUGAUGUGUGAUUAGAAAACGUGUCAAACCACGUGUUACGAAACCAUUGGGCAAGUGGCUCGUCACCUGAGGGAAGGGGCUGACCAUCUCUUCUCUCACGUGGUGCACCACUAUAAGAGCCGUGGAUAUUUUCCUCUUCGGUUAGUCUGCUAGUGGUUAGUAUACGGACGCCUAGCUCGUAUUCCUCUGCAGCUCAACCGGGGUGUCGGCUCUCCGCCCGCUUGUCAACGGUAAGAGUUUUGAAUGCUCGAAGGAAAAUCUAAUGUACUUUAACAGUAGCGUGGGGAUUUUAGAAGUGACAAUCUAUAUCUAGCGUUAUUGUUGUUCUUGCUUUCUUGUUCUACA